AAGCUAAAAGUGAAAAAUGUUUUAAAACGAAACAAGUUCUGCGGUUUUUAAAUUUGUAAUUUUUAAACAAAAUAAGUCAAUUUAGCGUGAAAAUAAAAUUAAAGAAAUUGAAUUUUAAAAGCAAUGAAAAAAUAAUUUGAAAAAGUAAUUGCAAGUCAUGUCUUCGUCUAACGUUCAGCUGCCUGGAAUAGGGGUGUUCGGCACCGGAGUGACCGUCAGGUGCAUCGUUCCCAUUCUAAAAAGUUGUGGCUUCAAAGUGGAAGCGAUUUGGGGACGAACUAAAGAGAUAGCCGAGGAGUGUGCACGCGAUUUGGAUAUAAAGUUUCACACCAACAAAGUAGACCAGGUACUUCUCCACAAAGAUGUCGACUUAGUUUUCAUCAAUUGUCCUCCACUUUCGCAGUCCCCAAUUGCCGUAAAAGCGCUAGGAAUAGGUAAGCACGUGAUAUGCGGAAUUCCUGCCGGACCCACGCAGAUAGAAUCACUAAGGAUGGUGAAUGGUGCCGAUUACUACCCUUCGCUCAUGUCAAUCAUGUGCAAUGGUCUUCGCUUCCUACCCUGUUUUGCGAAGAUGAAACAAGCAAUAAAUGAUGGUUACGUUGGUACGGUGAACGUGUGUGAAGCUAGAGUUCACUGUCCCACUUUAAUUAAAAGCAGUUACGACUGGUUAUGCGAUGAGAACAUGGGUGGUGGUGUCUUGAACAUGUAUGGCAGUUCCUUCAUCGACAUCAUCUCAUUCCUCAUCGACAAGAGAUGCACAAAAGUUCAGGGUGUCGUUAAAACAUUCACCAAACAGACCGACAAAAUAAAUGGCAUUCGAGAAAUCACCAGCGACGACUUCUGCAACUUCAUGCUGGAGUUCCAAGAUGGAUGUUUUGCGACGAUAUGCAUCAACAGCCAUGCAAGCAAUCACUACCAACAAGAAUUGUAUGUCUGUGGAUCAAAAGGUCGCCUAAUUGUUCGGGGGUCAGACCUUUUUGGGCAAAAGUUGGAGAGUUUGAAGGAGGAAACGAUACACAGGGACGCCCCCGACAGUUUGGACCAUCAGAAAACAGGGGUGAUGGAGCAAAUUAUCGCAAGCAUCCCCGUGCCACACAUGAAAGGUUUAUUCAAGUUAAUUGACUCGGUGAAGGAAGCUUUUCGACUGGUAGAGGAGAAGCAUGGAUUUUCCAACGAGCCAGUCAAAAUGGCCGCCACAUUCGACGACGAACACUACGUCAGGGCAGUCAUUGAGGGCGUUCGAAUGUCGAGCCGCCGGCAUGACUGGGUCAAGGUCGAAUUAAUGACGGAGGAGCCCCACCCAUCACUCAUGAUGACUGAUAACAUGAAGAGGAAUAAAAAUAAUUAUUAAAAUUUAAGUUUUUUUUUGCGGAAAUUAUGAUAUAAAUAAUAAUAAUAAUAAUGGUCAUAAUGUUGUAAAUAAUAUUAUAAAUAAUAAUUAGAAUUAUAAUCAAAAAAAUUUUCUGGUUUAUUCAAGUCUUAAUAAUUUUUUUAGACUCUAAAUAUUAAUUAUAAUGGUAAAACUUGACAGAUUUUAGCUUUUAUUUAUUUUGAUAUAUUUAUUAUAGAAUAAUUUUAAUUAUACAAAAUCGUUUUUAGGAUAAUAUGUGUGUGUGUGUGUUUGUGUGUGUGUGUGUGUGUGCAUGUGUGCGUGAUGUUUAUUACAUAUUAGAUUAAAUUUAAUUUUUUACAAAAAUUUUUUUUAUUCCAUUAUGCCCUACUAAAUAAUCGUUAUUCUACACAAUGUAUUUUACGAAUGUGUAAGGUGGUUUUAUCUUGGCUUUAAUACAAAGUCAGUGAUUUUUAUAUGUAUAAAUUGAUUGAAACUUUCAUUCGUUCAUUCAUUCGUUCUUUCGUUUGUUCAUUUAUUCAUUAAUUCAUUUAUUUUCCAAUUCAUUCAUUCAUUUUCCAAACUUUAAUCCAUUCGUUUAUUCGUUUAUUUAUUCAUUCUUUCAAUCAUUCGUUCAUCUGUGUAAUAUUUUCGAACUGAUUUUAGUUCAUUUAUAAAUCAGUUAUUAUCGUUCAUUCGUUCUUUCGUUCAUCCAUUUGUUCGUUCUUUCAUUCAUUCAUUCAUUCAUUCAUUUAUUCAUUCAUUCAUACAUUCAUAAUUUUCACCAUCAUGGUUGUUUUAAAUGCCUCAUGUCUCCCAUUAUAUCCUAUACAUUUUGUAUAUGCCCCUACUAGAUUCUAAACUCUUAUUUGUAACUAUAUUGUAUAUAUAUAUAUAUAUAUAUAGAUGUAUGUAUGUAUAUUAUAUAUAUAACAUUUGCAGUUGAGAUCCAGUGUCUAUUUCAUUGAGUUUUAUUGUAAUAAAAACCUUUUUGGAAAAGUC